UUCUCAGACCCCAUCUGCACAGGUUUUAUCAAGUUUUGUUAUUGAAUCUUUGCUUAAAUUUCAAUCAAAUCGUUUGUGGGUUUUGAAUUUUGUGAGCAGGGGGUCUGAGGAGAAAUUAUCAUCUGGGGUUGCCUUUUCAUCAAGGUAGGAUCAAAUGGAUGAUGGUGAUGAGUUGCUGCCUUGGGAAGGUCAGAAAUCAGACAGUGAAGAAGAGGACAAGUCGUCAGCCUACUCAUCCUGCGGUGAAUCGGAGUUUGAGAGGUAUUGUAGUGCUAAUUCAGCUAUGGGAACUCCCAGUGUUUCUGGUUCUUCAGUUUAUGAGUUUGCUGAUUCUGAAUUUGGGUCUUUGAAAAGUUUCAAACUUGGGGGUGAAAAUAGAAAUUUAAAGAAUCUUGGUGUUGGCAUGAAAUUAUCAUGUUUUAGUAGUGAUCCUGGUACUGCUAGUAGUAGUAGUCAUUCAAGAAAUGGAUUUUUUGAUGGGAAAAAGAGAAGUGACGAAGAACAUUUCGAUGGGUUUUUGGGGAUGAGUGAGGGGAUGGAUUUAUAUGAAGAUUCUGAUGUUUUAGUGAAUAACAAUGAGGUUGGCUUGGUGGGAAAUGAUGAAAUGGGGAUUAUGGGAAAUCAAGAUUCUUGGGGAAAUCAGGGUAUUCAUGAAGAUGUCAAUAGAGUAAGUAAUGAUGGGAAUUUGAUUAGAUUAGGGGUUAGUCGUGGUUCAAGUGGAGACAUUGGAGAGGGUUCAGAGGUGGUAAAUGGUAAUCAGGAAGAGGAGUUUAGGUCAAGUAGAGGUGUUGAAUUAGUGGAUGGUUGCUUGGAAGGGUCAGGUUCAACAUCUAAGUCAGAAUCAUAUGGAGGGCAUGACGGGAGAUGCUCUGAUGAAGAUGAGAGCUCAUCAAGGUAUGAGCAUUCUGAAGGUGAGGAUUCUAUGUCUGGUGGUGGUUCAGAUGGUGGGACAAAGGCUGAUUUGUACAGCAUGAACAAUGUACAAUAUUCAAGUAGAGAAGGAAUUAGUAAAAACGAAAAUGAAUUGUUUAUGACUUCAGCAGUAGCCUUUGGAUCAGAUGAUUGGGAUGAUUUUAUGCAAGAAACUCGGGGAAAUGUUGUGAAUACCAUGGUACACGAUGGAUAUCGUGAUGAGAAACAACAGAUUGCUGGUAAUGAAAUUGAUUAUUUGGAUUCAGCUUCUGCUAAUAGUACUGGACAUUUUGUCUCUGGUUAUAGAGAGCAGGAGGAAGAGGUGGUAGAUAUUCCAAGAACCAACCAUCAGAUAUAUGAUAAUGGUGAAUCAUCAGAGUCUGUGAAUGCUUCAUCUUCACACACUUCAGAUAUGAAAUUUGAUAAAGCAGAGCAAGGAGAUGGGAAAGGCGUUUCUGAUGAAGAUUACCAAAUCAGUUGUGCUAAUGGAUUAGAUCAGGGUUCUCUAACAAAAGAGAACCCUCGAGGUAUAACCCUGGGUAUGCAGAACCCUGAAAUGGAAGAAGUGCAUCAAUGUGCAAACAAAGGGGAAGUAACUAGCAAUCUUGAUGAUUUUGUUUUGGAGCAAGUGAAGUUGGAGGAAAGAAACUUAGUUUGUGACCCUCUAUCUCAUAAUGUGGAUAAUCAAUCCUUUUCACUUUCAAGAAAAAAUACUGAGGAUAGAAAGGACAAAAGUUUUAUGGAGAAUAACACGUGCUCAUCAUCAUUGCCGGCUGAGAAUGAAACGAAUGGGUUCAUGGAGAAUCCACCUGUUUUAUUCAAUCACUUUGAAGAUCACUUUUCAACAGUUAAGAGAGGAAAUUGUAAAGAAUUCUAUGAUGAGAUGGUUCAUGAUAUGGAAGAAAUAUUACUUGAUACAGGCAAGUCUCAUGGUGCUCAAUUAACUCAGGGUAGGACUGCAUUUCAACCCCAGAUACCUGUACCCUCAAGAGAUGGUGGCUCUACUGCUUCCACUUCUGGUACAGAUGAUGCCUACCCUCUGAUUCAUCUUCCUCUGAGGAUUGAUGGUUUAGAGGUUGUAGGUGCCCGGCAGAAGCAAGGUGAUGUUUCAUUUAGUGAAAGAUUGGUUGGUGUGAAAAAAUACACGGUCUAUAUUAUAAGAGCGUGGAAUGGAGAAGAAACCUGGGAAGUUGAGCGCCGAUAUCGUGAUUUCUAUGCUCUCUACCACCAAUUAAAGAAGCUCUUUGCUGAUCAAGGCUUGAUUCUUCCUCCUCCUUGGUCCUCUGUUGAUCGAGAAUCUAGAAAGAUUUUUGGUAAUGCUUCUCCAGAUGUCAUUGCUGAGAGAAGUGUUCUGAUCCAGGAGUGUUUACAAUCUGUUAUCGACUUCAAUAUUUCCUCCAGCACUCUCAAUCCUCUGAUACGCUUCUUAUACCCAUCAAAAGCCAUUCCUAGUUCUCCUUUAAAUGCUACACCCUUAUCACAAUCACAACUGCCUGCCAAAGGCAGUGAUUUAGAGAAUGCUUCCAUGCUGGGGAGCACUAUAUCUCUUGUAGUUCAAGUCUGGCCUCACAAGUCUGUAAAACAGAUGCUAGAUGCUCAACAUAAUAUCUGUGCUGGUUGCCACAAGAAUUUCGAUGAGGGAAAAAAUCGGAUGAAGGAACUUGUACAGACGCUUGGAUGGGGCAAACCCCGACUUUGUGAGUACAGUGGGCAGUUAUUCUGCUCAUCAUGCCAUAGUAAUGACACGGCUGUCUUGCCUGCCAGAGUUCUGCAUCUGUGGGACUUUGCUGAAUACCCAGUUUCACAGCUUGCAAAAUCUUAUCUGGAUUCUAUCCUUGACAAGCCAAUGCUUUGUGUCAGUGCAGUUAACCCGUUCCUAUUCUCGAGAGUCCCUGCUUUGCAACAUGUAACAAACGUUAGAAAAAAGAUAGGAGCUAUGCUUCCAUAUGUUCGGUGCCCAUUCCGUGGGUCCAUUAAUAAAGGUCUUGGAUCUCGUAGAUAUCUUCUUGAAAGUAAUGACUUCUUUGCACUUAGAGAUCUCAUUGAUCUCUCCAAGGGCAUGUUUGCAGCAUUACCAGUGAUUGUAGAAACAGUUUCAAAAAAAAUCCAGGAACACAUCAUAGAACAAUGCCUCAUUUGCUGUGACUCGGGAAUACCUUGUAAUGCUCGGCAAGCUUGUAAUGAUCCAUCAUCUCUCAUUUUUCCUUUUCAGGGUGGAGAGGUUGAGAGAUGCAGAUCUUGUGACUCUGUUUUCCACAGCCAUUGCUUCAGAAGAAUAGAGACUUGUCCUUGUGGUGCACGUCUUAAGCCUGAGGAGGCCAAGGGAAUCACAGCUGGGAUAAGGCGCGGUUUUGUCAGUGACAUGUUUCGCACUUUAAAGUCAGCAGAUGCAAGUGAUGGAUUUCUUUCUGGAUUAUUCUCGAAGGCAACGCCACAGAUGUCCCAGGGACAUAAAGAGGGUCCUAAAGACAAAAAUACUGUCAUCUUAAUGGGUUCAUUGCCAAGCACCUCUUUGUGAAUUCUUGCAUUGUAUUUCUAGACGUUCUUGGUAUCACCUCUAAAACCCUUACACCUAGAGUAUUCUUGUACCUUUGUAUAUAUAUUAGCCAGACCUGGCCAGACUUUGGUCUCAAAAUGUUGUUGCACGUUUUCUGUAUCCUUAUUCUUGAGCCUCUUUGUAUUCUUUGGAACGCUAUACUAAAUAACAAUAAUGAUUCUUUUUUUUUUUUCCUUUA